CUGCAAUUGAUUAAUUUUGUGGAACAAACCUUAUCAAACCAUCAAUCUACCAGUACAAGGAUGGUUAACUAGGCAUAGAGCAGUAACCGAAAAAAGGAGGGUGGAGGAGCAGAGGUCAGGCGAUGGCGUCGAUUGCUGUGUCUGCUGAAGCGGAUCGGAAUGUCAUGAGCAUGAGCGUUGUUACUGAAAGUGAGCAUGUUUUGGUAAGCAAAAAGGAGGGUGAAGGGGAUAAUUAUGAAAUUCUCUUGAAUCAUGGUGAUGGGCCAAGUGCGCGUAACAAUUAUCUAAAAAAGAGGAAGAGAGGAAAGAAGAGAGAGAAAAGGCAAGUCAUAGAUGAAAAAUUACAGCACUCCCUUGAUCGGAUCUUGGAAUAUAUUGAUCAAUUGUCACAUGGAUUGGAGUCAAUUAACUCUUUUAGCAUGACUAGAUGUCUUACUCUGUUAAAAGACGUACCAGGUUUAGAGGAAGGCAGUUCUGCAUACAAAUUGGCCCCACGAAUUUUUAUCCCAAAACAGAAUAGAGAGGCAUUUAUCUAUUACAUGGAAAAUGAACCUCACAAAGCUAAUAAAUUUCUAAGCAUGUUUACUUUUGAGCAUGUAAAAAACUACAGAUGAACUUUUACUUGGUUUUGUAUUUAAUUUUGAACUAUU